AUGCACUAUCUUUGCGAGAUACCUACCGGCUUCCCACAAGCCUACCACCCAAAGGACGAGCCAGGGACGAUCUGGGGAACGACUGGCCCUCAGUCGCGAAGAUGUAUGAAGAUCAUUGGUAUCCCGAUCACCCUAACGGUGUCUGCAAGGACGCACUGUCCUCGCGGUACAAGAAAGCGGUACCCAGCACGAACCGCCGCUGCGUUUGCGGUCAUCAUCGCAAACUCGGAAACCGAAGAGGUCAAAGACCACAGUCAAUUUGACCACCUCAAGCCCCCUACGCACCGAGACGGAAUCUCGCUAAACCCCGACGAGUGUAGAACCCAGAACGCAGUUCUCAAGCACUUUGGCAACGUCACGCACCAGCACCACAAGGCCAUCGAAUUCCGGGUUGUGGGCCCCAAGGUCACGCCCCUGCGCGAUCUAAUGCACGGCACAAUACUCAUGAUUCCGCGCUACUCGCCUUUUUCAUCUGCUCAUAACUGA